UAAAGUUUUUAUUCAUACGCAUAUGUGAAUGAAUAUAUAAUGUUCGAUAAUACAUGAAAAUUAAAAUAGACACACAUAUCGACUCUACGUCUAAUGGAAGCGCCCAGCGUAUGUGUUUAAAUAUUUUUUAUUUUUUAAUUAAGGAAGUGGUUUUAAAGGGCCAGGUGAUUUGUAGCGAAAAUAUACGGCAAGAGCAAUGGAGCAGUGUGCCUGUGUAGAGCGAGAACUGGAUAAAGUGCUUUACAGAUUUGUAAUGUAUGGCCACCUCUCAGAAGAAAGCCUAGAUGAGCUCCUUCGUUAUGUCUCUGAAGUGAGAAGACAUUUGGCCAGCUCAGGCCUAAAAGAUGGUGAUUUGACAGGUAUUGUAUAUUCCUCAAUGUCUCAGUGCUGUAAGAAUAUUAAAGAAUCGCUACAGAGACUGGCAUCAAGUCACAAAGACAUUCAUGGGAGUGUGUCUAAAGUAGGAAAAGCAAUUGAUCGGAAUUUUGAUGCAGAAAUAAGUGCUGUGGUGGCAGACAAUGUGUGGGAACUGCAAGAACGUCAGAAAUAUUUAAGUGAAACCAUCGUGGAGCACUUGUACAGGCAAGGCAUGCUGAAUGUAGCCGAGGACUUGUGUAAGGAGUCUGGAGUAGCAAUUGACAUAGGCAUGAAGCAGCCCUUCUUAGAAUUAAAUCGAAUUUUAGAAGCCCUAAAAAUGAGGGAUCUCCACCCAGCAUUAGAGUGGGCUGUUACAAACAGGCAGAGACUUUUGGACCUCAACAGCACUUUAGAAUUUAGACUUCAUCGUCUCUACUUCAUCAGUCUUCUCAGUGGAGGAAUGAAGAAUCAGGCAGAGGCACUUCAGUAUGCACGUCAUUUCCAGCCCUUUGCUACUCAGCAUCAAAGAGAUAUCCAAAUUCUAAUGGGUAGUCUAGUUUAUUUGCGUAUUGGCAUUGAGAAUUCACCAUAUCGCCACUUACUUGAAAAUGGUAAUUGGUCUGAUAUUUGCACCAUUUUUACCAGAGAUGCUUGUGCUCUUCUUGGACUUUCUGUGGAAUCACCAUUAAGCGUCAGUUUUUCUUCGGGAUGCAUGGCACUUCCUGUCUUGAUGAACAUUAGGCAGGUGAUUGAACAACGACAGUGCACUGGUGUGUGGAGUCAUAAGGAUGAACUUCCGAUUGAAAUCGAUCUGGGGAAAAAGUGUUGGUACCACUCUGUGUUUUCCUGCCCAAUUCUCAGACAGCAAACAACUGAGACAAACCCACCUAUGAAGCUGAUUUGCGGCCAUGUAAUAUCUCGUGAUGCUUUGAACAAACUAAUCAAUACAGGAAAAUUAAAAUGUCCCUAUUGUCCAAUGGAACAAAAUCCUUCAGAUGCUAAGCAGAUUUUCUUUUGAUGACAUUAGAAGGUUUGGACCUUUGGUUAUUGGUUAAUGGAGAUCUAUGUGCACUAGGUCUGCCUUAGCAGCCACCUCUGUUGCCUUUUGAAAUGUAUGGAAGCAAAGCAUUCAGUGUGCUUUCCCUUCUUUCAAUGCAGAUUAGGUGAAAUUGGAUUGGUGUUUAAUGAAGAAUAAGAGAAAUGUGAAUGCACAAGUGACCAAACUGAAUAAAGAUUUUGUUUGCUAGCAAUAAUUUAAGUGAAAAGCUGUUGUUUAAGAUAUAGCAUCUAUGGUGUACUUCCCAACUUGCUUUCAUUACACCCGUACCCUGGCAGUUGUUGGGCCACAGGCAGUCAUUUUGAAGUGAAUACAGACUUACUCUGUAGGAUUUGAAAAUGUGGUUAUUCUAUUCCUUUAUCCAAAACUCCAUUUACUAAUUAUUGCAAGUUUGUACGGAGUAACCUUAUUCUUCCAGAACCAACACAGCAUUAGGGGGAAAUGCUGAUGUGACCCUACGCAGCCUAUCAAAUUCUAUAAGGCAACAUUAUUACUGAUGAUAUACACAUCAAAUCAAAAAUUACAGCAAACCAAGGAGGCAGACCACCUCAAUGAAUGCAAACCACUAUCCAUUGACCUUAAAUUUUAAAUCGGACCAUUCAGUAGCGUUACAGACAUGAUCACAGAUAGCUGCACUUUAAUUGACAAAAGCAUGUUUUUGAAGUGUUCUUUCUUAACCCAAGGUUUUUGAUUUGUUGUCUCUAUCUGUGUGUUCUAUUUUUUUCCCUUGAAAAAUGUUUUGCUGGGUGAAUUCAUGACCGGAGGCAACCUACUAGAUAGUGUUUAUAUAUUGCAGUAGAACUGAUCACAGCCCAUGACUUUCAUAAUCGAACACCUCUGGACUGGUAAGCUCUUGUAACAUACAGCCUGUAGGGUGUUGUAUGCAGCAAAGUGCAUACUGAUAUGUGUGUGUGUGUGUGUGUGUGUAUGUAUAUGUUAUUUAUUGAAAAAUUAGUCAUAAAAUAUUGGACAAAGAUUUAAGAAUAAGUUGGAACAUUUAAAUUGGGGAUGAUAUACAGGCUUGUCCAGAAGUAUAUAAAUAUCUGGUAAUCCUAGUUAUAUAUCAGCAGUUGUUGCUUAUGAAGGACUGUUAGCUGCACUCUUACAUAUUUGUUUAGCACUGAAGUAAUAAAAACCUUAUAUAAUUACUGAGUCUUUCAACUGAACUACAGGAAAAGUUAAUUGGUAGCUUCACAGAAGUACCUAGAGUCUGGUGAAAAGCAAAACUGCUAAUUAUGUCUGUAUUUUUUAAAUUAAGUUUAUUUAAUUUAUUUUAUUUUUUCCUUGCAUUCAUAGGUUAAAAGUACCUGAUAUUUUGAAAAUAAUUUGGUGUUCGAAUCAUGUUUUAAAAUAUGUUUCCUCCCACCUUUCAUUCAGUCCCUUUCAGAACAGACAUUUGAAGGAUCACAGUCUCUUUGUUGUUAACAUUUGACAUUUGCCCUCCUACUUCCAAGUCUCUGCCUGGAUUUUGUGAUCAUACCUAUCAGUGCACAGUAGAAUUAUUUUCAGAUUUUUUUCAGAAGCUUUCAGGCCUGCAGGUGGCAAAAUUGUGUAUAUACUGUAAACUUUCUGUGAUAAGAUGGCUUUAGAGAUCAGCUUGAUCAGUAGAAAAUGACAAAGCCCUGUAUGGGAGUUUUUUGCAAAACAACCUUAAAAGCAUCAAAAGUAAGCACUCUGCCUUGGGUCAGGAUAGGUUGUCUGCUGUACAGAUUAAGGGUCAUAAAUUAGCUUAUGACCUGUUUGUUUGCAAAGAAAAAAGAAAUGUUCAAAAAAGAGACAAGAUUCAGAGAGCACUUGCAAAUCCAAGUCCACGUAAUGCAAGAGAGCAAACAUUAAUAUCAUGUUUGCAAAGGGCAGCAUCUUGGGGAACAAAGUUAGUCAGACACAAAAUUACAGAGAAGCCAAAGUUGAUUUGUCCAUUAAAACCGACGUGUCUCCAAGGCUACAGUUUCUGACACACAGUCAUUUAGCACAUUUGCCACUUUUCUAAACCCCCAAUUUUAACAUGUGAGUAAAUGUUAUGGUGGGAGUAUAAGAAAGUGAAUUGUGCAAUGGAGAAAGAAGUAUUCAGUCAUUUGUUGUUUGAUUUAUUCCAGUUAAAUUUCUAUUGAAAAUUUGCAUGGCAAAGUGCAGUUUGCUCAGCACAAAUGAUCAAAAAUAUAAGCAUCUUAUAAAAUUGUUCAUAUUUAGUAUUCAUUUUGCUUUUUAAUGUGACAUACCUCUAGGCUUCUACUAAGAUUAGAUAAAUAAAUAUAUUAUAAACCAGUGCUUCCUAAACUCGGUUCUGGGGACCCACUGUGGCUGUAGGUUUUUGUUCCAACCAAUUUCUGUUUUUAAUUGGACUCCUUG